CUUCAAAUGUUUUUCCAGCUGUUCCUUUAGAUUUUAGCCCGGAAGACGUAUACCCACAACUGAGUGAAUCAUCUGUCUAAUAGACGAUCUUCGUGAGCAGCACAUUUCUUUGCUGCGGUUCUACAGUUGUGCAGUCCGUGGAGGUCUUUUGCGGUAAAACCUGAACAUGACCUGACCGUAGUGCUGCUGCUGCUGCUGCCUUGUCCGCCCAUUUCACCUGACCAGGCAGAGUGUGUAGGAGAGGAGGAGGAGGAGGAGGAGGAGGUGGUGGUGGCAUGCGUAUGGGCAGCAGCUGGAGGUGGCAGCUCUCUCGGGCCAUGCGACUAGCACUGCGCUGGUGCCGGCUGUGUCGUCCGCUGAGAGGGGGCCGAGGCUGGGGAGCCAAACCGUGGCUCAGUGGCAGGUGUUUGGAGCUGUGGAGCUACAGCAAGCUGCUGCUCAGAUCACUGUAUUUCAACAGCCUCAGCAACUCUGACACACUGCUGGACUGCGUGUUUGAACCCGUCUACUGGAUUGUGGACAAUGUUACUCGCUGGUUUGGAGUGGUGUUUGUCUGUCUGGUCAUCCUGCUGACGACCUCAGUUUUAGUCAUCGUCUACCUGUUCGUCCUACCCAUAAUUCUCAGCACCUACCCCGUGUACUGGGUCAUUUGGCACCUCUGCUGUGGCCACUGGCUUCUUGUCAUGGUGGUCUUCAAUUACUACAAGGCCACCACCACCUCCCCAGGGCAUCCACCCAAGGACAAAGUUCACAUUCCCUCAGUGUCCAUUUGUAAGAAAUGUAUCACUCCAAAGCCGCCUAGGACGCACCACUGCAGCAUCUGCAACACGUGUGUUUUGAAGAUGGACCACCACUGUCCUUGGUUGAACAACUGCGUGGGCCAUUUCAACCAUCGCUACUUCUUCUCCUUCUGCCUCUACAUGACACUGGGCUGCAUGUACUGCAGCAUCAGCAGCAGGGAUAUGUUUAUGGAGGCCUACAGUGCUGUCGAGACUUACUAUCAGACCCCUCCUCCACCGUUCACCUUCAGAGAGACGACUGCCCACAAGAGCAUCAUCUUUCUUUGGGUACUGACAAGCUCGGUGGCAAUAGCUCUGGGAGGGUUGACCCUGUGGCACACCUUUCUCAUCAGCAGAGGAGAGACCAGCGUGGAGCGCCACAUCAACCGCAAAGAGACCAAAAGAUUAAAAGCGAAGGGCAAGGUGUUCAGAAACCCGUUUCACCAUGGUAAAAUAAACAAUUGGAAGAUACUGUUUGGUGUGGAGAAAAGGAGUCACUGGUUGACGCGGGUCCUCCUGCCCUCCAGCCACCUUCCCAACGGGGACGGCAUCUUGUGGGACUGCACCUACACCAGAAGAGACCCCAUGGCCAUCUGACCCUCACGCUUUAACUCUUAACCAUAUCAAGAACCUUUAACCUGCAUUUACACUACAAGCAACGUGGCUGAUGUGUCACUGUUGUGACCAGCGAGGGGUAGUACAUGAAGCUCUCACUGAGUCUGUCGUAGUCUGCUGCUACAAUCACUUGAUAAGGAAAAAGAAGCUUUGUAGUCACACAGAUCAACAUUUUCUUGCUACAUUUUAGUUUUACUGCUAGAAAUAUGAACCACACAUACAUCAAGAAACCUUCAUCCUCUUAGAUCAGUUCUCAUUUCCCAGACUAUUGACCUUGUAGGUGUAAUUGCACAGCUUUCCACCAGCUGACAUCAUCCUGCGACUGCAAUGCUGUUGAUUAAACUGAUUUAUAAAAAGGUGCUGCUGGCCAGCAUCUUUUUAAGCCCAGCCCUUUUUCUCCUUCACAUGACUUUGUAAAGGCUUGACAAAAAAAUUUUGUGCAUUUUUCUGGGCUGCAAAUUUUGCACCAACACUACAGCCUCUUACGACAAGUGUAUAAGAUGGAAGGAUGGAUAUAGGACGAGGCAGUAUGGAAGACAAUGGCUGACUUUAUAAAGGCUCAUUGAGUAGUGACGACACUGUAGCUGGUCAAUAAAGGUGCUAUGGUUUGCAUUUUUAAAUGUCAAUAAUAGCAUACUGUAAUCUGGUACCUGAAAUAUAAUAAAUAUCAAAUUAGGCCACAUAGGAAAUAAUUAGUAGCUGCUGUCUUGUUCCAAUAUUAAUUAAUGCUUUUGUUUUAAUUUAACCAUGCUAGUGAUGUGGCUCAGUGUCAGUCUGUUGGGAGACUGAAACAACUAUGGGAUGGAUUUUGUAGAUUGUGACAUUUAUAGUCCCCAGAUGAUGUAACCUAAUGACUUUGGCGAUCCCCUGACUUUUCCCCUAGCGCCACUAUGAGGUUAACAUUUGUGGUUCAGCAUGAAAUUAACAACUACUGGAAAGAUUUCUUUGAAAUUUGCUGCAUAUAUUCAAGAGCCCUGGAAGAUAAAUUCUAAUGAGCUUGGUGAUUCUCUGACUUCCCUCUGGCACCACCAUGAAAUUGAUGUCUUUGGUUUUGAGUAAGAAUAUCUUUGGUGGAUUGCCAUGAAAUUUGCUACAGAUAUCCAAGGUCCUUAGAAGAUGAAUAAAUUCCAAUAAUUUUGAUAAUCCCCUUACAUUUUAUCAAGAGCCAUCAUCAGGUCAAAUUUUUAAUUUUGGUUUAUGACUAAUACCUACAAAACUAGCAAGCCUUAGCUGUACUUUGUGUUUGGUGCGAAUUAGCAAAUAUUAGCAUGCUAACAGGCAAAACUAAGAUGGUGAACUUGUUAAGUAUAACCUGCCAUAAUGUUAGUAUUUAUCUUAAAAGCACCUCAGUGCCAAAGUACAGCCUCAAAGAGCCGUUCAAAGUUAAGACUAAAUUUCCCAGAAGCCCUGCUUGCUUCUUGAUGCCAUCAACGGCUAUCUUUCUCCAAAGACAUAAUGAUGAAGUAUUUCUUUUGCCUUUUACAACUUCUACAAUCAAAAGCCUCUGGAAACUCUGUAUCUGUGGCCUCUUGAGCUUCAUGUCCUGCAGUGGAACAGUGCUUUACUGAUUUUUGGCGGAUGAUGACAUGCUGUAACAUGUAGAUCAGAGGCAAAUAGAGGUGACAGACGUCUCAGGAAUGGUCUCAUUUGUUUACAGUUAUAAAUUGCUCAUGAUUCAUUGAUGAUAAAAAGCAAAACAUAGCACCUUUUAAUAACUGACACUUGACCCUUGAAAAGAUAUUUAGUCAGGGAUCAAAGCCUGGACUGACAGGAUAUCCUGCACUCUUAUCCAUGAUAACUUCAUGUGUCUUGAAAUGAGGACAAAUCCAAGUUAGUUCUCAACAUAUUUCCAAUAUACAUUUCUAUUUUUAGUUUUCUGUAAAUACCCUAAUUAUUUAUAUGGUCAUUCUCAUAAAUGUGGUUUUAAAGUUUACUACUCUGCAUGUUUAAUCCUACAGUGAGGUAUUUCUCUGUGUUGUGGAGACACAGAGUACUGACAUGGAGAACCACUGAUCUGAACUGAUGAUCUGGUGCCAAAGAAGAGCGAAAAACCAACAGCUUGAUCCACAGCACUGAUUUUUAUUAUCUUUAACAUUGUUGUGUGCCUUGUUGAAAUGUCCAGCCUUUAAAUUAAAAGACACUUUAAAAAAAGUGAUACAAGGCACUGUGAAAUAUAUAACUCCCGAUUUUUAAUUCCCUUUCAGACUUUUCACCCAGACAUGUUCAUACCAAUAUCUUAAUGAUGGAUGAAUUGUGGUUGCCAUAGAAACAUGACAUACAGCUGUGAUAUGAUUUGUAACCAAUGGGAGCUGUGCUCUAGUUUGAUUUGAAUUUUUUUU